UUGUAGUGCCAGUGGGUUAAACCAUCCUUUUUGGCCAAGAUGUCAUCCGUCAAUUGCAGUUGUUGACCAUCAACGAGGCUAAUUUGAUAAAAGUCGACUCCAUAGACAUCACUGUGGACUCACAUGCAGGUGGCUCCAGUCGCCCUUCCACCGAAACGGCAUGCUUUCAGUCUACGGAAUGAGAUUGAAGCAGAGAUUGCCAUCUAUGUUGGUGUCAGAUAACGGCCCAUAGUUUGUGGCUACAGUAAUAGAACAAUUUCUGGAGAAGCUAGGCAUCCAGCACGUCAAAGCCAGCGUGCGAUAUCCUCAAUCAAACGGCAAGGUAGAACGGCUGCACCGUAUCAUACGGGAGCGAUUACGGGGACUACGACCUUCUAUUCCGUUUGCCUGCCGAUUGCAACAGGUUCUAAUGAACAUAAGGAACUCAACAAACAGAAUAUUGGGAUCCACGCCGGGGGAGCCUUGUUUGGUCGAAUUCUCAACACUCGAGUGCCAUCAUAUAGCCCUCCUGUUAUCGUAAACCCGGCAUAUCAGAUUCGGGCAAAAGCAAGAAUGGCAGAAGACCAUGAUGCCAAGGAAAGAGUCCACCCUCUCCCUACGUUGACAACCGGCACAGUAGUAGUGUUACAGGACGGAUGUUCAGAUCCAAGCAAACGAUGGCGAGUUGUUGAGCAAUACGGGCAACAUAUAGGGGUGUCUGAUAGGAGGCGUAUCUUACUAAGAAAUCAAAGACAUGUAAGAGAAUUCCAUGCUCCUAUGAGCACAGCUGAACAGCAUGUCCCGACAACAGCAUCACCAGCAGCUAUCUUUGAGCCAUCUACAGGGAGAAAUAUGAACAUUACAGACCCUGCGCCUCUUGCAGCAACACUAUCACAAGCUUCAGCUUCUACACCGUCAAUGCUUCAGGUAUCUACAACCCCCACUUUAUCCCCAGAAGGCACUCCCAAUCGACCCGUGGCCAAAUCAGAGACACUUACAAACUGUGAGAAAGGAAGUAGCACGACGGAUUCAGCGUGGGCACAGCCAGCAUCACGCUCUCUCUACAAGGAAGGAAUAGUAACUUGAUCCGGGAGACAAGUAAAGUUGACAGACAAAGCCAAAGAUGCGGACGUCUGAUUGACAUGGGUUAUGUUGCGUUGGGUUACUUCAUUUGUUUUAGAACAAGGGGGUAUUGUAGUAAUGCAGUAAGGACUAUGAGUAUGCGUAGAGGGACAGAGAUUUGAGCGGUUGCGCGGCCUAUAGCUAGAUAGUAUAAAAUACAGAUCUCCACAACGUGCGGUAAGAGUUCAUCAAUUUCAUACUCUAUUCGUCACGUAUCAUCGCAUUCUUGCUGUAAGUGCGACGUUUCUUGUUGGCACAAAUAAAGGAUAUUUGUUGGUCUAUGAAAUGACGUCAUCAGGAGAUGGUGUUGUUUGUGUGGAGAGUGAGAGUAGGAAAGAUGUUUGAUGUGUCUGGUUUGUGCGUAGGUUUGUCGCAGAAGUGGACAGUUGAGUUGAAACGGACAAAUAGAAACUUUGCUAAGAAACCUAUUGGACAAGUUAGAAUGGGAACACACACACACACACACACACACACA